CUCAAUGACAAUGUGACAUGUAUUCAGGUAUAUGAACUUGGUUGGAACUGGGAUGAUUUUCCACGGUUAUCACAGGGAACACUGGCUGGUCAUCUUCUGGAAUGUGGUUGUCAACUUACAGGGGGAUACUUUAUGCAUCCAGGAGACAAGCAUAGGAGUAUGCCUUUCCAACAGCUUCUGGAUAUAUCACUGCCUUAUGCUGAAAUUGAUUGUGAUGGAAAAGUCUAUGUAGCCAAGGCGGAAGAGACCGGAGGCCUUUUGAAUUUCAGUACGUGUGCCGAGCAACUUCUGUAUGAGGUUGGCGAUCCCUCGGCUUAUAUCACCCCUGAUUUGGUGGUUGACUUAAGCAAUGUUUCGUUUUGCUCGAUCUCCAGCUCCAAGGUUUUUUGUUCCGGAGCAAAACCCUCUAUUCAAGUAGUGCCCGAGAAACUCUUGCAGUUGGCUCCAAAGGACUGUGGAUGGAAAGGAUGGGGGGAGAUAUCCUAUGGGGGACGGGAAUGCGUUCUUCGCGCUAAAGCUGCCGAAUAUCUGGUUCGUUCGUGGAUGGAAGAAGUAUUGUAUGGUGUUAAUCAGCAUAUAGUUUCUUAUAUAAUUGGACUUGACAGCCUUAAAGCAUCCAUCAAUAGUAGUAGUGUCGAAGAUAUUCGGUUACGCAUGGAUGGACUAUUCGAGACGAAAGAGCACGCUCUCCUGUUUGUUAGAGAAUUUACAGCUUUAUACACAAAUGGGCCAGCUGGUGGCGGCGGCAUCAGCACUGGGUACAAGAAAGAAAUUGUGCUCGAAAAACAAUUGGUACCUUUCUCUUUCCCUCUCAUUCUCAAACCGAAUAUCUGGAUUAACAGUAUUUCACUUUUAUCGUCGUGGUUUAUUCGCUAUCUGUUGAUGAUCUUGAGCUUUGAUUCUUGAAUGUUUCCAUAGCCUCACCAUCAUUUAGUUCUCCUCAUUACCUUCAUUAUUCAG